UGCUUGCUUGACUAUUCUAUUGGUAGACAAUAAUGUUAAUGUGAGUCCAAUGCUGAUUCAGAAAUAUUUCUUUUUCAACUUAUAGAAGUAUAAUCUUGAAUACAUCUUGAAUAAAAGUUUUCAAUAUGGGUUAAAAGUUUAUAAUAUUGUUGAAAAAACUGUUUUUUUUCCUAGAUUAGAAAAUUAUGGGAACAAUGAUGAAAAGUGACAUAGCUAACAGAGCUAUUGAGCUAUGCAAUGAAAUGAUAGAAAGCCCAUUAAAUUCAAACACGUUAAAUGACUUGAAUGUAUCAAAGACACUUAUUGAUUCUUUGAUUAAUAUCAAUGCAGAAACUCGAGAACGCUGUGCUCACGUUUUGUCCAAACUGGAGAAAGAUUUGCAGGCUGUUAAAGAGAAAACUGAACAAAAAGAGCUUAUAAAUUCCAAAAAUUUCAAAGCUAAUGUCAAAAAACUUCAAGAAGAAAAAGAGCAGCAAGAGAUAAAACUAAAAAAGGGUAGAGCAGUCUUGGAAGAAAUCACUAAUAAAAAGGAUAACAUUCUUAAGGAUUCAAACGUACUGAACAAGAAAAAGGAGAAUUUGGAAAAGAAAGAGUCUGAUAAUGUAGUAAGGAACCAAGCUACAUUUGCAUUGCUUACAAGUACCUUCAACAUUCGAUGGGAUUAUCAAAGUCAAAAAAAUGAAGUAAAGGGGUGUAUAUCCACAAAAAAUGACUUAGUUCCAUUUUCCUUGAACAAAGAUCAACACGAUAGUCACUACACAGCCAAUUUUUUAUGGGAUCUGUUAGAAUUAUCCUAACAAUUCGGUACUAUCACUGUUAUGGCAUAUUUUUAAAAUAUGUGUACUGAUUUUCUCAUAGUUUUUUCAACAACAUUACCACGUGUUAAUUAGUGUUUUUGUGUUGGAAAUUUAUUUAUAUUCUUUAAGGUAAUAUCAUCUGUGUGUCAAUGUGUGGUAUUUUGGCAUUGACUUAAGUAAUUCUAGAUGCAAACAAAUUUUUUUGUAAAAGUCAAAAAAAUUUUCCCCUUUUUGUCAUGUUUGAAUCUUUUUACCAUUUUGAGAAUUCCCCUACCCUUUUUUGAAACUUAUUUCAGUAUGCAGAAAAGCUGCAUUUAGCAAUUUAGAUGGACUAAAAAUUUGAUUUCUUGUGCCAAGAUUAACCUUAAUUGAUCUAAAUUCAGUUUUUUGUGCCCUCUUCCAAAUUUAAUUUUAGCCUGUACAUACUUUUAAUCUUGUCUGUAUAUACAUAUAUUAUUAUUAUCAUGUUUCUUAGUA